UUGCUUUCUCCAGAAUUCUCUCCCCCUCCUGUAAUCAGCUCCCAGGGAAAACCGCCGCGCGCAUCCGCGAGAAUCGUGGCUGAAAUGGAUCCCAAGAUCGCUGUACUUGAAUCAAAGAACGACUAUUUCGCCCAGCUGCCCAACGAAAUACUCGAUAAAUUGUUUUCGUUUGUUCCUGGCCUACCCAAUGAUGGCUGGAUGUACGUCUGUCGUCGGUGGUACGAGCUGAGCAAGGAUCCACAGCGGUGGGCCAGUAUCACACUCAAGAAGUGGCGACCGAAGCGCUUGCUGGGUGCGUUGGAGCGGGCUGGUCAGCAGCCGCUGAACGUAGUCAUUGACCGCCUCGGCUCAAAUGCGGAGGAGACAAUCAAGACUAUGCUUGGGCAGGCUGCGCGGCUUGUGUCGCUCAAUAUCUGCGGUGACGCUAGCGAAAUCGAUCAAGUUGUAGCGCUCAUUGUGAAAGUCACGGCCUUUCCCGUACUUGUCUCGCUCGCCUUGGCGAAAGAAGAAGAUUUGGACAUUGGCAACGAGGCCUUUUACGAAUAUGCGGAUCAAGUCCCGCCAUUGCCGCUGGCGCGGAUGCCCAAACUUUCGAGCCUCAGUCUUAUUGGUGUCCGUAUAGACUACAAGGCACCGCUCCCAUCCUUAACGCUUCUCCGCCUCUCUUGGUCCCGGGCACUUUAUCGGCUCGGAAGAACACUUCGGUUGUUGCAAAAGUCGCCGAAACUUGAAGCGCUGAUCUUAGAAGAUGGCCGCGUCGAUGACCCUCACCCCGUUGACACAGACGAGUCAGAGGACGAAGAAAUUCUUGCAUCGGACAGGACCUUAAAAGAAGUCCAGCUACCGAUGUUGAAGCGGUUCAAGUUGCGGCAUUGGUCGUCCAAUAUGGGCGUUGUCUUGAAGCAUCUGACGCUCCCUUCGCACACUCGAAUGUCGUUUGAUGCCGACCAGUUUGAUACAGAAGUUUUAUGGAACGGGUUCACCUCUAUUCUCCAGCGACAAAGCCAGAUAUCGAGUCUACCGAUGCCACAAGCAUGUCUUCUUCGCAUCGAAGGCCAUUUCAGCACUCGAUCUUCUCCUCAAUACCUGACCAUUGACACCUACGCCCAAGACUCACUUGAUACUCCCGCUCACUUUUCGCUUCGAUUUGGCGAGGAGCCAGAGCCAUCCGAGAACGCGGCUGCGACGAAGAAUUUCUUGCGCGCAAUUGCGCCAGCCCAUCUGUCCAAACUAAAGCACCUGUAUGUUGCUGGUGAACUUCUGAGCAAGGCUACCUGGCAGGCCCUUUUCGCUGACGGCAUCAUCCCACUUGCUUCGUCUGUGGAACAUAUCACAAUCCGUGUCGACGACAGCCACGCGUGCGAGUUAUUCAUCCAGAGCAUCCAAGUCGCUCCCCCGCUGCGCAUUGUCACCGUCAUAGUGGAAGAGUAUUCGUUCUACUCAAAGGAACGCAUUCCUGAUCCGCUCAAACAAUUGGCGAAGGCUUACUUCAAGGCACAGGGUGUCAAAUUGCCGCUUUUGCAGGUGCGAUGGGAGGCAGAGGCGAUCGAGGCGGCACCAGGCGCUCGAGAGUCAGAGGAGAUGAAGAAGUGGGAGGAUUUGAGGGGAGUGGGUUGA